AUGGCUCUGCAGGAUGUGUGCAAGUGGCAGGCCCCGGACACCUGGGGACUGUCGCCUCACCUGCCUCAGGCCAGCGGCUGGGCCGUGCCCCCAGGUUGUGACCCUCAAACCUUCCUGCGGACGCAUGGCCCCAGGCUGGCCCACGGCACCACCACCUUGGCCUUCCGCUUCCGGCACGGAGUCAUCGCCGCUGCGGACACCCGGGCGUCCUGUGGCAGCUACGUGCAGUGCCCGGCCUCGCGCAAGAUCCUCCCGGUGCACCGUCACCUGCUGGGCACCACAUCCGGCACGUCUGCCGACUGUGCCACGUGGUACCGCGUGUUGCGGCGGGAACUGCAGCUGCGCGCCCUGAGGGAGGGGCGGCUGCCCAGCGUGGCGGGGUCCGCCAGACUCCUGUCGGCCCUGAUGUCCUGCUACCGGGGGUUGGAUCUAUGCGUGGCCACCGCGCUGUGUGGCUGGGACCGCUCGGGCCCUGCCCUCUUCUAUGUGGACAGUGACGGCACCCGCCUGCAGGGGAACAUCUUCUCGGUGGGCUCUGGAUCUCCUUACGCCUAUGGCGUGCUUGACCGCGGCUACCGCUACGACAUGAGCCCCCAGGAAGCCUAUGCCCUGGCUCGCCGCGCCGUGACCCACGCCACCCACCGCGAUGCCUACUCAGGGGGCUCUGUAGACCUUUUCCAUGUGCGGGAAAGCGGAUGGGAGUAUGUGUCGCGCAGCGAUGCCUGUGUGCUGUACUGGGAACUGCAGAAGCUUCCGGAGCCAGAGGAGGAGGAGGAGGAGGAGGAGGAGGAGGAGGAGGAGGAGGAGGCCCGCCAGGACCAGGCUGAGCCUGCCACCCUGCACAGAGACUCCAGGCUGGCCGCAGAGACUGAGAUGCUGUGA